UACUCACCAAUUAGGCGGUAGCAGACCGGGUGCCGAAGCCUAAGGUGGGGGUGACCAGGAAGUGAGAGCGGAGAUUGGGAAGGACGAGUCGAACCCCGGCGGUGGUGUAAAGGCUGGAGAAAACACCUGACCAUGUGGAAUCCCAAUGCUGGGCAGCCAGGGCCAAAUCCAUAUCCCCCUAACACUGGAUACCCUGGAGGUUCCAAUCCUGCCUAUCCACCACCUGUCAAUCCUGCCUUUCCUCCAGGCACCUUUCCCACUCCUCAGGGGAAUCCAGCUUUCCCCCAGGUCGGGCCCCCUCAUCCUGUGCCACAACCAGGGUAUCCAGGAUACCAGCCACUAGGUCCCUACCCACCACCAUACCCACCACCUGCCCCAGGCAUGCCUCCUGUGAAUCCCUUGGCUCCUGGCAUGGUAGGACCAGGAAUGGUGACGGACAAGAAGAUGCGGAAGAAAAUGAAGAAAGCUCAUAAAAAGAUGCACAAACAUCACAAGCAUGGCAAGCAUUCCUCCUCCUCCUCUUCCAGCAGUGACUCUGACUGAAUACAGGGCCUGGACCCCUCCCUCAAGUCUCUCCAGUUCUGCUCUCCCAUCAAGCUUCAGAUGCCAUCUUGCACUGGGGGAAAUUAGCGCUUGUGUCCCUCUACCCACCCUCCCCUAAUCUGAGCCUUACUCUGCUGUUCAGCCCUAACUGGCUAGGGAAAAGGGGAAAAGAAUUGCCAUGGGCUAGCAAGGGUCAUUUUGGAUAGAACUUUUAGCUGAUGAGUUUUUCAGGAGAACUAUUUUUUGAAGAUGGCUCACCAACCUUGAGCUAAAUGCUGAAGACAAGUCUAAAAGCUAUCAAAUGUGACUUUUUAAAUUUUCUUUUAUAACACUUGUGGUUGGGAAGGUGUUGUGGAAACUUAAUUAUGGGAAAAACAACAACAAAAAAACCCUGUACCUUUUUUGUAACUGUGGCACACUUGGGUGAUUUAGUGGCAAACACAUUUCCCAGCAGGCCUCUUAUUGAUUGCACUAACUGGAAGCCGAUGGGAAGUGGAGUCCAUUUGUUGAUGAAUUUUGACUGCUGUUUUGGAAUCUAAUCUCCACUCCUUAGCUGAGUAUGCUAUCUCAGGUCCUCCCUUCAUUCUCCAACUUUCAGUCCAAAUAAAGCUGUUCCGCCUGGUC